GACCUAUUUGUGGGUCCCACAUUCAUAUAUAGACAUAACACUGAGAAAAAAAAAAGAGAGAGUUGAGCCUCACUCCAAAUAGUCUCAUUCUCAUUCACUCUCAUGAGUCCCCACACUCAAAUAAUUGAACCAAUUUCUUUUGUUGGUUAUUUCAAUAUAAACCUUUUAUAAUAAAUUCAAACAAGUCUAUAAUAUAAUUAAAAGCUCAAAAAUUUCAUAUCCCAUAUUGAGAGAUUUUUCUUUCUUCUUAUUAAUAUACUAGCACUACACUACUACUACUACUACUACAUGCAUGGAAAUAUUCUCUCUUUACUACUUUUAGCCUAAAAUAUAAUAUAUUUGUAGUUGUAAUAGUAUAUAUAUAUAUAUAUUACUCUAUAUAUUUGUUUGUAAAAAUGAUUAGUGAGAAGAAGACUGCAAAUGCCAUGGCAGGCAAGACAGCUCGGGCUUGUGACAGUUGUCUUCGAAAGAGGGCUCGGUGGUUCUGUGCAGCUGACGAUGCUUUCCUUUGUCAAUCUUGUGAUGCAUCUGUCCACAGUGCUAACCAGUUGGCUAGUAGACACGAAAGGGUUCGCCUCCAAACUUCUUCCUUUAAAGGAAUAAGCAAAAUAAGCGGGGAAGUUAAUGACUCUUCUUCCCCUGCUUGGCUUAGGGGGUUCACGCGAAAAGCCAGAACCCCCAGAAGCAAUAAUAAAGGAAAGAAAAAAGAUGAAGAAGUAUUGCCUUUUGUUCCGGAAAUGAGUGGUAAUGAAGGAGAAGAUCAUUAUGAUGAUGAUGAUAUUCCAUUAUUGAAUUAUUAUGAUCAUCAAGAUGAUCAACAACUACUUUAUCAGGUUCCGAUCUUUGAUCCAUUUGCAGUUGAGCUUUGUAAUCCAAUGAACACUAUUGAUGAUCAAGAUAAUGAUGAUGAUGAUGAAAAUGAUCAUAACCGUCAAAAUCAUCAUCAUCAUCAUUUGAUAGAAUCAACAGUGACUCAUCAUGUUGAUGAUCAUCAUCAACAUGAUGAACACGAAGUUCUAGGGUUUCUACCAUCAGAGUUAGAGCUAGCUGAGUUUGCUGCCGAUGUAGAAAACCUUCUAGGCGGCGGAGGAGGAGUAGAGGAAGAAUAUUGUUGUGAGCACGAAAUUAAUGGGUUUGGAGUAAUAGAACUUUUGGAUAAUUGUAAAGAAGAGGAGGAAGAAGAAGAGGAGGAGAAAUUGAAUAUCAAAGAAGAAAAUGAAGAUUUCUUCAAUAAUAUUAAAGAAAAUAAUUAUAAUUAUAAGUUAGAUUAUGAUCAUAAUUAUAAUGAGAUGGAGGAAGAGGGUAAAAUAGUAAAUUACAAUGAGAAGAAGAAGAGGAAGAGGGAGAUGACAAGUGAUGUGAGUCUUCGUCUAAAUUUGAAUUAUGAGGGUGUGAUAGCUGCAUGGGCCACCCAAGGAUCACCAUGGACCACAGGCAUUAGACCACAACUCAACCCGGCCCAUGGUUGGCCCGACCACCAUCAUCUUAAUUAUAUGGAUAUGUGGCGAGCGGAUACUGGUCAUAACAAUAGUGGAAAUUUAAUGAUUAGAGGAGGAGGAAGAAGAAGUAAUAAUGAAGUCGGAGGAGGAAGAGAAGCUAGGGUUUCGAGAUACAGAGAGAAAAGACGAACAAGGUUGUUCGCGAAAAAAAUAAGGUACGAGGUUCGGAAACUCAAUGCCGAGAAGAGACCUAGAAUGAAAGGGAGAUUUGUUAAGAGAUCAUCUUUCAUGACUAAUAAUAACCAGCUCAUGAUGAGUACUAAAUAAUAACAUUUAAUGAUUAAGCUAGCUUUCUUCCAAAUUAUGCCUUUAAUUUUAUUUUGGCCCUUUUUUCUCUUAAACUUUUCUUGGCAAAAUUGGAAAUCAAACUAUUUGUUUGAUUGGUCUUUUUAUGGAAUAAAUAUGAUGUAAUUAAUAUGUAUAUGUAAGGUAGCUAGAAAUUUCCUUGUAACAUGAGAUUAUAAGUGUACUACUAUAAAGUACUAAAGACCCAUUUCUCAAAAAUUUAUUUGCAUGCAGAAAUGGAGGCUGGUACGGUGUCGUUUUAUAGUAUUAUAUAUUUUUAUGGAUAAUGUAUAUUGAUUCAAUUUUAGUUGUGUACGUUUCUUA